GCACAUGCAAAAUGAGAUGAUCAAAAUUGAUCCUUUCCCGCGCCAAUAAUCCACCAGCGCUAAAGCAAAAAGACCUGAGCUGGAAGCGCUUGGCUCUCAACUUUGUUGAACUAAAUACAUACCCAUAAAUGCUCAACAAAUCAAACCGAGCGGCCAGAGCACUUGAUCCGCGGCGUUGCUCGACAGGGGCCACAUUUCUCCAAACUUUACUCUAGAUUGGCAUUCCCGCCGUCUCGGAGCUUUUCUUUUGCUUCCAUCUUCUUCCAUUCAUUCUUCUUCCUCGUGGACGGGUUGUACGCCGAGUAGUAGAUAACAAUUUCUGUGUUGGAGAUCUAUCUGUUUUCUUAUACCUAUUCUUCUUUUCUCUCUCCCUGGCUUAGGUUUUGCACCUCGGGAUUUGUAUACAUACGCAGCCGGACUUAAUUUCUUUCCCCACAACAGCAACAACAACAAACAUCGCCGUUCACAAUGCGCUUCUCCGCAGCUGCUCUCGUCGCGGCCCUGCCCGCUCUCUCUGCCGCGCAAGAGAAUCCUCUGGACCAAUACAUUGCUCAGGCCCAGCAGAUCUUGGGCCAGGCCGCCUCUUAUAUCCCAUCUCCUAACAAGUAUGAUGCCGCUGCCGCCGAAGCAUCCAAGACGGGCCCCAUGAAGCUCUCUGUCUUGGCCCAGCACAACUGGGAGGACACUCUCUAUGCGCCUGUGGCCGCCGGCGCAAAGACGCCCGAGGAGUGGUGGAUCUUGAUCACUGGUGGAAACAAGACGUGCUUUGGCCGCUGUGACCGGCUUGAAACCGCUUUCCAAGGUGCUGCUGCCAAAUUUGCGGAGCUCCCAACCACUCCUCACAUGGGCGUCCUCAACUGCGACGACCAGCCCAUCCUUUGCAAUUCCUGGUCCGCCAACGUUGGCAACAUCUGGGCCUUCCACAUGCUCCCCAAGCCCGCCCCCGUCGACAUCUACAAGAAGAGGCUUAACCUUACCACCGUCACUACAGAUGAGAUUGUCCAGCUGCAAGAGGCUGGCAACAAGGAGGACUUUGUCCUGCUCGAGUCCUUCUGGCACCCCUUCAACGGCAAGGCCGCCGAGCUUGGCUUGUCCAUCCCUCUUGGCUAUCUUCUCUGGGUCUUCAACCUCGUUCCCCAGUGGGCGUUUAUGCUUAUUGUCUCCUUCGCCAGCCGAAGCAUGAUGGGCAACCGUGCUCAGCAGCGGGCUCAACAACGUGCCCCGGCUGCUGCCGCCCCCGCCUCCAAAUAAUCAACCAUCUAGGGAAAAUCUGUAUGAGUUUGCCUUUGGGGGGACUUUGGAUAAUGACCCAACCUGGAGCAUUGGAUGCAAUGAUGUACAUGAUUUAAGAUGGGGACAACCCCCCCGGCGGUUUGUUUUCUUUGAAUGAUAAAUACCAACCCGAGGGCCGUUGGUUUCGUAAGCUUUUUGGGUAUCAUGAGUUACGUAGCUGUUUAUGAAAAAGGAAAAAUUCGAAUAAUCCCAG